ACUCCUAAACUCCGCCCCUGCUCCCCUCCAGGGCGGCGGCUCCACCCCCUGUACCCGGGCAGGCUUCUGCUGGCGGCACUGCCCUGGACCUGGGUCUGCGGUGGCCCGGACACUGUGGAGCGCCAUGCAGUGCCUGGGGGGCCGACACCGGAGCAGCUCCAGGGAGCUUUACUUGCAGGAGCAGAGCCUCAAGGUGGCAGCGCUCAAUGGGCAGAGGCUGGGCCUACAGGGUGAUGAGGACCUACUGGCCCUGCUGAAGGGCAGCCAGCUCCUGAAGGUGAAGUCCAACUCAUGGCGGAGAGAGCGCUACUACAAGCUGCAGGAGGACUGCAAGACCAUCUGGCAGGAGUCCCGCAAGGUCAUGCGGACCCCGGAGUCCCAGUUGUUCUCCAUAGAGGACAUUCAGGAGGUGCGGAUGGGGCACCGCACAGAAGGCCUGGAGAAGUUUGCCCGUGACGUGCCUGAGGACCGCUGCUUCUCCAUUGUCUUCAAGGACCAGCGCAAUACACUAGACCUCAUCGCCCCAUCACCAGCUGACGCCCAGCACUGGGUGCAGGGUCUGCGCAAGAUCAUCCAACACUCGGGCUCCAUGGACCAGCGGCAAAAGCUCCAGCACUGGAUUCACUCCUGCUUACGAAAAGCUGACAAAAACAAGGACAACAAGAUGAGCUUCAAGGAGGUGCAGAACUUCCUAAAGGAGCUCAACAUCCAGGUGGACGACAGCUACGCCCGGAAGAUCUUCAGGGAGUGUGACCGCUCCCAGACAGACUCCUUGGAGGACGAGGAGAUCGAAGACUUCUACAAGAUGCUGACGAAGCGGCAGGAAAUCGACCGCACCUUCGCUGAGGCUGCGGGCUCAGGGGAGACCCUGUCCGUGGAUCAGUUAGUGACGUUCCUGCAGCACCAGCAGCGGGAGGAGGCGGCAGGGCCUGCCCUGGCCCUCUCCCUCAUUGAGCGCUACGAGCCCAGCGAGACUGCCAAGGCGCAGCAGCAGAUGACCAAGGAUGGCUUCCUCAUGUACCUGCUGUCAGCUGACGGCAGCGCCUUCAGUCUGAUGCACCGGCGGGUCUACCAGGACAUGAACCAGCCACUCAGCCACUACCUGGUGUCCUCCUCACACAACACCUACCUGAUGGAGGACCAGCUCACCGGGCCCAGCAGCACCGAAGCCUACAUCCGGGCACUGUGCAAAGGCUGCCGCUGCCUGGAGCUCGACUGCUGGGACGGGCCCAACCUGGAACCAAUCAUCUACCAUGGCUAUACUUUCACCUCCAAGAUCCUCUUCUGCGACGUGCUCCGGGCCAUCCGGGACUACGCCUUCAAGGCAUCCCCCUACCCUGUCAUCUUGUCCCUGGAGAACCACUGCAGCCUAGAGCAGCAGCGUGUGAUGGCGAGACACCUGCGGGCCAUCCUGGGCCCCCUGCUGCUGGACCAGCCGCUGGAUGGGGUCACCACCAGCCUGCCCUCCCCCGAGCAACUGAAGGGGAAGAUCCUGCUGAAGGGGAAGAAGUUUGGGGGGCUCCUGCCCACUGGAGGGGAAGGCGGCUCCGAGGCCACGGUCGUGUCGGACGAAGACGAGGCUGCCGAGAUGGAGGAUGAAGCAGUGAGGAGCCGAGUGCAGCACAAGCCCAAGGAGGACAAGCUCAGGCUAGCGCAGGAGCUCUCUGACAUGGUCAUUUACUGCAAGAGUGUCCACUUUGGGGGCUUCCCCAGUCCUGGCACCCCCGGGCAGGCUUUCUACGAGAUGGUGUCCUUCUCUGAGAACCGCGCCCUCCGACUGCUCCAGGAAUCAGGAAACAGCUUUGUCCGCCACAACGUGGAGCACCUGAGCAGGAUCUACCCGGCUGGGUGGAGAACAGACUCCUCCAACUACAGCCCCGUGGAGCUGUGGAACGGGGGCUGCCAGAUCGUGGCCUUGAACUUCCAGACACCUGGGCCAGAGAUGGAUGUGUACCAGGGCCGCUUCCAGGACAAUGGGGCCUGUGGGUACGUGCUGAAGCCUGCCUUCCUGAGAGACCCCAAUUCGAGCUUCAACUCGCGUGCCCUGACGCAGGGGCCCUGGUGGGCUCGGAAGCGGCUCCACAUCAGGGUCAUCUCAGGGCAGCAGCUGCCAAAAGUCAACAAGAGUAAGAAUUCCAUUGUGGACCCCAAGGUGACGGUAGAGAUCCACGGCGUGAGCCGGGACGUUGCCAGCCGCCAGACCACUGUGAUCACCAACAACGGUUUCAACCCGUGGUGGGACAUGGAGCUGGAGUUCGAGGUGGUUGUGCCUGAGCUCGCCCUCGUGCGCUUCGUGGUGGAGGAUUACGAUGCCUCCUCCAAGAACGACUUCAUCGGCCAGAGCACCAUCCCCUUGAACAGCCUCAAGCAGGGAUACCGCCACGUCCACCUGUUGUCUAAGAAUGGAGACCAGUAUCCAUCGGCCACCCUCUUUGUGAAGAUCGCCCUCCAGGACUAGGCUGGGGGAGUCCAGGGGGGUCCACCCUGAGUGGGCCCUCCGUGCACACCUGGGGGCAGGGCUGGUGUGGCUCCCAGCCUCGCACCCGGAGCUAGAGGCCCUGGACUGCCUUCGGCGAGGGCCUGUUGUCUGUGCUGCUGCCUCUCUGGGACACGAAGCUGCCCAGUCCCUGGAGCUGCCCUCAAUUCCGUUAAGAACACUUCAGCCCUCUCCACCCUCUGGCUGGCCCUCGGUCAGGGUUUUUGUAAAGAUCAGGAUAAGCGCAA